AUGUCCCAUCCUGGCCUGGCAGAGGGAGAGAGGCCAGCGCCGACCCUGCGAGUGGGAAAGCAGCCUUCGUUCAAAGGCGAGCGAGCCCUGAGGGUGGAGGAGCAAGGGGGGGGGGCUCCAUGCAAGAGGGCUUUGAAACAUAAGCCGUUGCCCCAGGGAGGGCCAGGAGGAAUAUUUGGUAUCCUGGGAGGUGUGAUUGCUGCUUCCCUCAUUAUUGGGGUGGCUGUUACUGUCUUCAUUGUCUACAGACGACAGCAGAAAAACCGCUCGGAGACUGAGAACGAUCUGAUUGACUUGCCGCCUUCUCACAAACCCGCCCCUCCACCCCCAAAGCGGAAGCAAGAGACAAAAAGUCACCUGACGGCAGAAGACAUCCAGGUUGUGCACCUGGACAACAUGAAAGAGCCAGAGGAAGAGAUCCAGAAGCUUCCGCCGCAGCCCCCAUACUACGACAUGGCCGCCAAUGAGCCUACCCCUCAUGCCAACAAGAUGCUCCAGAACGCGGGCAACAGCAAGGACUCCGACGUCCAAUAUGCAGAGUUGGACACCUCCGCUCUGGCGACGUCGCCCAGCCCCAGGACUUCGAUCCCUGCUGGCGGAGACCUUGUCGAGUAUGCAACCAUCCAGGCUAACUUAUGCUAGCGCAUGACACUGUAGGCCUAUCCCCCCCUCUGAUUCUGGCCUCAAGAACUUUGGAAAGUGUCACUCAGAGAUAUCGGAUGCGGGUGAUUACCUAACCUGCCGUUACUUACGUGAAGACCAGUAUCUGGCAAACAUUCCUUAUGUCUAUAGUCCUUUGUCAUAUCUCCCAGGAGAUCUCUACUCAUCCCAUCAUAGCAAUGCUUCCUUUUGCUGUCCUCCACCAGGUUCCAGAGCCCCAUAUAUUUGCCCCAAGGAACAAUAUGUUUAACUGGGCCACCGACGAUCACGGAAAAGAGAAGAU